UAAUUCAACUUUUGAUAAACUACAAUCAUCAUCAUCAUUAACAUUAUCAUCGUUGACGAUGAAAAAACAACGAAAACCCUUUUUAGAAAAUACUUGUAACAACAGGAUACAAAAACAACUACAAUCAUUAUUGCCAUCAUCUGUGAUAUCCUAUGAUAGGAAAAAUUUUUGCCAUCCCCCAUCGCCAUCAUGAUCAUCAUUAUUUUAUCCAUCCUCAAUACGAACGCAUUCGUAUCAGCACAACCUUAUGAUCCGGGUACGAAUACAAUUACUCGUGUAAUCAAUCCAGGAGAUAAGGUGGACAUUCCUUGUUCAGUGGUAACGCCCGGUGGUUCAGUUAGAUGGGCAUUGAAUAACAAACCAAUCCCAUUGGAUUCUAAUCAACGUCGCCAUUGGAACAUAUCAAAUGAUGGUAAAGCUACAUUGACAAUAAAUCGUGUUUCAAAAAUGGAUGCCGGUCUUUGGGAAUGUUGGAAACUUGAUGGUGAUUUCAAUAUACGACAAAAAGUUCCCAUUAUGCGAAUUGUAUUGAAUAAUGUACCUGAAGAACCCUAUCUAGAAUAUGAAGGACGGCUUUUAUCGUCACAUAGUACAAUAUCCGUACGAGCCAAUAAUGUAAUCAAAAUCAAUUGUGUCAUAAAAGGAAUGACUUCGAUGAUAAAAUCGGUGCAAUGGUUUGUUGGCCAAAAUAAUUUUACACAUCAAAGUCGUUUACUUAUGGAAUAUUCGGCUGAAGAAGAUGUAUCAUUGACUAUAUCUGUAUUAACAUUGAAUGUUAGCGCUAAAUUUCAUCAUGAACCGUUAGUUUGUCAGAUAUCACAUCUAAGUUGGUCCAAUACAGCUAAUGUUACGGCUAGAUUCAAUGUUUUAUAUCCUCCAGAGUUUUCCAUUGUUCGUGAACCAGGAUUUGGUUUUCCCAUAAUCGAAGGCAUGGAUCUUACGCUUCGUUGUGAAAUUGAUGCAAAUCCUAUGAGUCCAGUCAGAUGGGAACGUGAUUCUGAUCCGAAAAUUUCAAACGAUUCUUUAGCACCGAUUGAUACCAGUCCAGAUGGAACAUUGAUUAUAAAUCCAAUAACCCUAAAAGACAUUGGUUGGUAUCGUUGUACAACUGAAAAUGAAUUGGGAUUUUUUGCUUCGGUGGGAUUCUUCAUCAAUGUUCGUGAAUCAUCCGAUGAAAUGACAGCAUUGGUUGAUCAAUUACGUUCACAAAAUCCACAUCUUCCAUCGGUACCGGAAUCACAGGAUGAAUUUCAUCAUAGAUCAUCUAAUGAUUUUGCUUUCCGCAAAAUACACGACCAUUCAAAUCGAGAAUCACAUUUUCAAGCUUCUCGAUCGAAUGGACCAGAUUUCCAUGGUGGUAAUGGUUAUAAUAAUCAUCAGCCACAAAUAUCUCGACCCGAAUGUUCACCAAAUAGUGGAUCAAUCAAUAAUGCCGAUGGUCGUCCAAUAAUUGAAUCGAUAAAUUCCACAGUGAUCGCAUUGGUUGGAUCACAGAUUACAUUAAUUGCACGUUUUUGUUGCAUUCCUCGCCCGAAAAAAGUUUAUUGGAUACAUAGACAUUUGGCUAUGAUGCCGUCCAGAAUUAUUGGACGAUAUACUACACGUGAAUUAAUCAUGUCAUCAAAUUCAAUGAAUUGUUUUACAUCAAAUUUCAUUAUCGAUGCUGUUAAACCAGAAGAUGCGGGUGAUGUAAUGUUUAUGGUACUGAAUCAAAAAGGCAUUGACCAUGCAUUAGUAUCAUUAAAUGUAACAAUGGCUAGCUAUUCUAUUUUAUCAUCAUCAUCGAAUGGAAUCAUGACUACUUCGGCAGCAAUAUCCAUUAUAAAUUUGACAUCAAUAACAAUGAUUCCAUUGUCAUUACUAUGUAUGAUUAUCAUUAAUGUGAUAUUGAAUUGGAAUCAUUUAUCGAUGGAUGUACAAAGAUAGCGGAAUAGAUCCAGGGAUUCAUCAUAAUCAUUGUAUUCUGCUUCACUUUUUUUUUAGUCACAAUCAAAUCAAUCGAUAAUACGAUGACAUGAUAUUUUAGGGCACAUUAAUCAUAUUUGUUGUUGGAUUGUAAAAAAAAUGAUCAUUACCAAGAUUAUUACUUUUGCUAUAUAGCAAUUUUUCUUUCUGUUUGUUAUAUAAUUAUUUUCUGCCACCAAUCAAUAUCGUUCAUCUGUAAAUAAAACAAUCAAUUAUCAUCA